CGCAAGACCUGGCCCCCAAGGCUGGGCCUCCCUCCGCUCUUCCCGGGAGGGCAGUGCUAGGAAAGCAAACACGAGGUGGCCGGGAGCCCGGCUGGUGUUCCUAGAAGAGGCUGGGGGAGGAGGAGCUGCCAGACACCAGCUGACCCUGAGGUUGCAGAAGCCCCGGGGAGUCCUAAUGAGGACCCCACCCAGGCUGUUAGGAAACGGGCAGGGGGAGGGAAGGUGUGGCCAGCACGCCAGACCCAGCUCCUACUUAACUCCCACGUGGCCAUCUGCAGAGCGGGGAGGUCCCCCACAGCGGCCCGAGGGGCCCCCACCUUGGCUCCGGGGGCUGGCCAAGCAGAGGGGCCUCCUCUCCCGGCUUCCCCAGAGCUGUCCCAACCACAGGCUGCUGCCGGGGAGACCCCUGCCCCCACACGCCUGCUGCCCCAGCUCUGCCCCGCUCAGCCCUGCAGGGCGAAGGUGGGGGGACACACCCGUCCCCCAGAGCUGCACCACCGCCCACCUCGAUCCCCAAAGGUGGCUUCGGGGUGAACGCGGCACCCCCCGACUCUCCCGUGCUAUCUGCACCCUGGGCGCUCGGGGCCGAUGCUGGCAGCCGGGCAUGAGGGGGUUAAUGGAACCCGGGUCAGCAGGGCUGGGCUGGCCUGAGGCAGGGUGCUGGCUGCCCCAGCAGUGGGGAAGUCAGAGGGCAGGAGCAGCCGGCCCCAGCAGACGCACCCCUGCUCACUGCCCGUCUGUGGUCUGCUCUGCACACGGGAUGGCCCUGAAGAGAGGUGAGGCGCCCCCAACUGCCCCGGCCCCUCGCUCUGGGGGCAGCCGCCCGGCCAGGGGCGGGCCCUUCUGGGUGGGCCGAUGGGGGAAGUGUCCCUGCUGGGGUCCCAGAACGCCUCAGUUCCCUCUGUCCACCUCUACUCUGGUCCCAGGGACCAGGACAGUGGUGCAGGGGAAGGGUAGGAGUCCCCUCUCAACCCCCAGAGACCCUCCCCUGUGGACUGCUCCCCUUCCAGCCCCGCGGGGCCUCGUCCCGUCCACAGGGGAUGGGGCAUGCUCUGACCUCACGCUGAGUCCCUGAGCCCUUCCAAGGGCCGGGACAGGCCCAGUUCUGUGGGUAGCCCAGCGUUCAAUGCAGGUUUUGGGGUGGCGCUGCUGUGAGGCCCAGCGCCCUUUGUCCUAACACACCCCUGGCCCCUGGUGAGGGGAUGGCGUUCUGUCCACCCUGCUUCUGUCCCCAUGUCGGCAGCGGGCUGCAUAUGCCAGGGAACACCCGUGUGAGGGCCCUCCAAUCUGGGGGCAACGGCCGGCGCUCGAGGGCAGCGAGCACACGUGACCCGGGCCUGUGCCGGAAAGCCCUCCCGCAUUCCCCCUGGGCCCACCUGGCAGCCUGGCCGGUGCCCGUGUUCGGGACGCAGACGGCCGCCCGGCUCUACGGGCAGGUUUCCUCUGGGAAGGGGCAUCGCUGCCCGGCCGGGUGGAGAGGACAGUUGGUCUGGAGCCGGACGACAGCUGUCCUGUCUGGCUCUGCUUCUGGUCCCGGCAGGGUGAGUACGACUCGGCUCCCACCUUUUUGCCGCCUGACUGGCAGCGCCUGUCUUUACGGUCACGUGCUGCGGUCUCGGUGCCGAGUCCCAUACUGGGCUGCGGGCGCAGGCCGAGGCCUGGAACGUACCGGGUCUCGCUCGCCCCGGGACUCACGUCCUCCGGCUCCUCUCCUUGCAGGAGGCCCGGCCCUGGCCGUGCUCCUGGUCUCCUGGGCAGUGCUGGGCCCCUGCGGCCUAGAGGGAGCGGAGCCCGGGGCUCUGGGGAAGGCGGAGAGCCCGCAAUGCCCAGCCGUCUGCACCUGCGGCCACGAGGACUAUUCGGACGAGCUCAGCGUCUUCUGCAGCUCCAGGAACCUCACGCGGCUGCCCGACGGCAUCCCGGACGGCGCCAGGGCCCUGUGGCUGGACGGCAACAACUUCUCCUCCAUCCCCGCGGCGGCCUUCCAGAACCUUUCCGGUCUGGGCUUCCUCAACCUACAGGGCAGCGGGCUGGCCGGCCUGGAGCCGCGGGCACUGCUCGGCCUGCACAACCUCCACCACCUGCACCUGGAGCGGAACCAGCUGCGGGGGCUGGCGGCCCACACGUUCCUGCACACCCCGGGCCUCGCCUCGCUCGGCCUCGGCAACAACCUGCUGGGCAGGGUGGACGAGGGCCUCUUCCGGGGGCUGUCCGGCCUCUGGGACCUCAACCUCGGCUGGAACAGCCUGGCCGUGCUCCCGGACGCCGCCUUCCAGGGCCUGGCCGGCCUCCGCGAGCUGGUGCUGGCGGGCAACAAGCUGGCCUACCUGCAGCCCGCGCUCUUCUGUGGCCUCGGCGAGCUGCGGGAGUUGGACCUGAGCAGGAACGCCCUGCGCAGCGUCAAGGCCAACGUCUUCGUCAAGCUGCCCAAGCUCCAGAAGCUCUACCUGGACCACAACCUCAUCGCCGCCGUGGCCCCCGGCGCCUUCCUGGGCCUGAGGGCGCUGCGCUGGCUGGACCUGUCGCACAACCGGCUGGGCGGCCUCCUGGAGGAUACCUUCCCCGGCCUGCUGGGCCUGCACGUCCUACGCCUCUCGCACAACGCCAUCGCGGGCCUGCGGCCCCGUACCUUCAAGGACCUGCACUUCCUGGAGGAGCUGCGGCUGGACCACAACCGCGUCCGGCAGCUGCCCGGCCAGGCCUUCGAGGGCCUGGGCCAGCUGGAGGUGCUCACGCUCAACGACAACCAGAUCCAGGAGAUCGAGGCGGGCGCCUUCCUCGGCCUCCUGAGCGUGGCGGUCAUGAACCUGUCCGGGAACUGCCUGCGGGCGCUCCCGGAGCAGGCGUUCCAGGGCCUGGGCCGGCUGCACAGCCUGCACCUGGAGCGCAGCUGCCUGGGCCGCAUCCGCCCGCACGCCUUCGCCGGCCUCUCGGGGCUGCGCCGGCUCUUCCUCCGCGACAACGGCAUCGUGGCCGUGGAGGACCAGGGCCUGCAGGGGCUCGCGGAGCUCCUGGAGCUGGACCUCACCGCCAACCGGCUCGCACACCUGCCCGGCCAACUCUUCCAGGGGCUCGGCAAGCUGGAGUACCUGCUCCUCGCCGGCAACCGGCUGGCGGCGCUGUCCGCGGACGCCCUGAGGCCCCUGCGGCGCGUCUUCUGGCUGGACGUGUCGCACAACCGCCUGGAGGCCCUGCCCGAGGACGUGCUGGCGCCGCUGGGGCAGCUGCGCUACCUGAACCUCAGGAACAACUCCCUGCGGACCUUCGUGCCGCGGGCCCCCGGCCUGGAGCGCCUGUGGCUUGAGGGCAACCCCUGGGACUGCGGCUGCCCCCUCCGGGCCCUCAGGGCCCUGGCCCUGCAGCAGCCCGACGUGGUCCCCCGCUUCGUGCGGGCGGCGCUGGACGGCGACGACGGCCAGCCGCCCGCGUAUGCCUACAACAACAUCACCUGCACCGGCCCCGCAGCCGUCGCCGGCCUCGACCUGCGGGACGUGGCCGAGGCCCACUUUGCUCACUGCUGACCGCGGGCUCGCCGGCCCAGAGCCCGGCGGGGACACGAUGUCCGCCUCGGGGGCCAGGCGUCACCUGCUCGCUUGCCGGGGUCCCGUCCCUGGGAGGACCCGGGGCAGCUGGGGGGUUCUGCUGGUGGGGGCACCGCCAUCACAUAGCACCCCCCCAGUCGGUAAUUAAAAGCAAUCU